AUGGCCCCUCUUCUAGAAGUCCGCAAUUUGACGCUGCGGCGCGACGACGGCUCCGGCUCGGCGAUCUUGAGUAAUAUCUCUCUGGAAGUGAAGGAAGGCGAGGUCGUGAUAAUCCAAGGCGAGAGUGGAUGCGGCAAGACGACGCUGCUGAAGUGCAUCGCCGAGCUGAACGUGUAUCAGAAAGGCGAGGUGCUGCUGCGCGGCAAGUCGAGCAGAGAAUACGGCAUCCCGAACUAUCGCACGCGCGUGCAGUAUGUGCCGCAGCGGCCAUCGCUGCUUCCCGGCACGCCGCUGCAGUUCCUCGAGCAGGCGCGGGGCUUCUCGGCGCGCAAGACGCGCUGUGCGGAGCUCAAGAAGGAAGGGCGCACCGAGCCGGACGCACUGGCGCUCGCGGAGGAGUGGGGCGUGCAGCGCGUGUUGUGGACGAGGGAGUGGGGGACACUCAGCGGCGGAGAGAGCCAGCGCAUCGCGCUCGCGAUUGCCCUUGGGUUGGCCGGGGCCGAUAUCUUGCUUCUUGAUGAACCUACAUCGGCACUUGACCCCGAGAGCGCCGCUGCGGUCGAGAAGACGCUUGUUUCCAUGCUGCCCGCUGCGCCGAUCAGCGCGCCCAAGGGCACGGGGCCUAAGGCUCUGCUGUGGAUCACGCAUGCGCCAGAGCAGGCGCAGCGCGUCGGCACGCGCACGGUCGAUCUCACGCGCCACUAA